GAAAUUUAGGUUUCUAUCAUCCGUGGACCGAGUGGAGUGCGUGCUUUACGAUUGGUAAUAAAGAAAUGAAAGCAAGAAAUCGAACCUGCUCAACCGAAGACCAAUGUCGUCAUUUGGGUGAAAAUGUACAGCAUGAGGAGUGCAAGCGUAUUGUUGACGACGAUGAUGAUGGUAGGUAUAUGAAUCAUCAAUUGCGAAAAAGAAAGAUUCCGUUUGACCAUCAUAAUUAGCCUCAACCCGUCUUGUCUGUUUGCGGGUUCUCGGCAUUGUCCUAGUGCAAAUGCCAUGUUUGCAUGGCAUUUAAAAUUCUCAAAGGCAAAACUGCAUGCCCAGCAUGCCAUUUUUUGAGAACUUUAUUAACUCUGCGAUAUGGCGGGUCUACACUAUUUUCUAGUUUUUUCUGCGUUUUCAUUCCACUAUUCCAGGUCGGAAUUUUUAUGCUGAUCAUGAUGCCAUUGCCAUAUGAAAUCGCCAGACGUGUAGUUAUGUAAACACCUGCAUGCGAUUGACUGUAAUUUCAAUGCGACAUCACAGAAACUGCGUCAUAUUGUAAAAAUUUCAAUUCUGCUUGAAGUUCAUCAAAACUCACUGCGUAUUUUUUAGCUAAAUGAUCAUCUUCAAGAGCGAAUUAACGGUAUAAUUGCAAUUCAUUUUAUUUUGCAAACACUAUUAAAUUAAAAUUAAAAUUUUGUUUCGGGGGCAAAAUUUUGAUAAUUGAGGAAAAAUCUAGGGUAUUUUUGGGAAAUUUAGGUAUGAGGGGAAAAAUUUGCAAUAUUUUGUUUAAAAAAUGUAUGCCCGGAAAACGUUUUUGUUACUAUGUCCCAAAAAAAUUUUUUCUGCCCCUUUUUUGUAUAUGUCCGAAAAAUUUUUUGGUAUGUGUCCGAAAAAAAUUGGCGACGGGGGGGAGGAAAUGUUAAUUACGAAAAAGAUCAGGUGAAAUUUAGCCCCACCAAAAUAAAAUAUGUUCCGCCGCCGUUGGUUUAAAUAAGUUUUAUUUGAUUUAGCAACAUAUUUUCUCAUGAAUUUUCCGAAAUUUAGGUUUCUAUCAUCCGUGGACCGAGUGGAGUGCGUGCUUUACGAUUGGUAAUAAAGAAAUGAAAGCAAGAAAUCGAACCUGCUCAACCGAAGACCAAUGUCGUCAUUUAGGUGAAAAUGUACAGCAUGAGAAGUGCAAGCGUAUUGCUGACGACGAUGAUGAUGGUAGGUAUAUGAAUCAUCAAUUGCGAAAAAGAAAGAUUCCGUUUGACCAUCAUAAUUAGCCUCGACCCGUCUUGUCUGUUUGCGGGUUCUCGGCAUUGUCCUAGUGCAAAUGCCAUGUUUGCAUGGCAUUUAAAAUUCUCAAAGGCAAAACUGCAUGCCCAGCAUGCCAUUUUUUGAGAACUUUAUUAACUCUGCGAUAUGGCGCGUCUACACUAUUUUCUAGUUUUUUCUGCGUUUUCAUUCCACUAUUCCAGGCCGGAAUUUUUAUGCUGAUCGUGAUGCCAUGGCCAUAUGAAAUCGCCAGACGUGUAGUUGUGUAAACACCUGCAUGCGAUUGACUGUAAUUUCAAUGCGACAUCACAGAAACUGCGUCAAAUUGUAAAAAUUUCAAUUCUGCUUGAAGUUUAUCAAAACUCACUGCGUAUUUUUUAGCUAAAUGAUCAUCUUCAAGAGCGAAUUAACGGUAUAAUUGCAAUUCAUUUUAUUUUGCAAACACUAUUAAAUUAAAAGUGGUAGGGUUGCAACUUCCGGAAAUAUAACUUACAAGGAGAAAUUCGACUUUUCAAGCGGGAAGUUAGGAACCCUUUGUCGGGAAGUUAGUGAACCUUCGCUCGAACGUCGAUUGACCUGCGCUCGAAAAGUUUUUCAGGCUGUGAGUUGCAUCCCUACCAACGAAAGCUUGUAAUAUCCAAUGUUCUUUAAAUAUACACCAUAACUGUGAUAAACAUUUAAAUUUAAUUUAAUUGAUGCUGACUUAAUUUAUGCCAACCAAUAGCAGAAUUGUUGCUAUAGAGACAAAGGUCAUUCGAUUUAUAGCUCGAACACGAUACGACUCACAAGCUCGAACACGAUACGAUUUAUAGUUUUUUGUAUAGAGUUUUACGUUCAUAUUUUAUACCAAAUGUUCAAGAAAGUAUAGAAAUAAAUACGAUAUUCAAUACAUGGCGCCCAACUUGAAAAAGCCCGUUCAGUUUAACGAUUAAAACAACGAUUAAAGCCGAGGAAUAAACGCGAUUGCAACGAAAAUUAUCGACAGACGAGAAGCAUUGUUUAUACAACGAGAUUUAUAUCGAUCAAUAGUAACAACGAUUUUCAACGAUGUCAACAGAAACCGAAGAGAAAUUGAAACUUAAACGAUUACAAAUGAGACGACAGGGUUAUCGAGCAUUCGUGAUACGAUUAGUUAAAGAAAUUGAUGAAAUUUGUGAAGCAGAAAGCCACGAUUACGAAAGAAUUCAAGUCAUAGAUCAACACUUACAAGAUAAACUAAAAUUACUCAACGAAUUAAACGAAAGCAUCUUAUUACUUUGCGAUGUCGAAGAAAUAACACACGAAAUCGAGGAAUCAGAAGAGAUAAACGACCGAAUCCUAUCUAAACGAAAGAAAAUAGAAACGAUCUUAAAAAAAUGGCGACAAAGUUCAUAG